CAGGGUUUCUUUGUGUAGCCCUUGACUGUUUUAGAACUAGCUCUGUAGACCAGGCUGGCCUCAAACUCACAGAGGUCAGCCUGCCUCUGACUCCUGAGUGCUGGAAUUAAAGGCAUGUACCACCAUGCCUAGCUAGAUGCCAUUUCCUAGUGGAUCUGAUGUCCCUUGGGGAUACCAAGCAUGAUGGUGUAUGUGUGACCAUAUGGUAUAAGAAUGGAGGUAUGAGAAUUGCUGGCCCUCUACCAUGGGGGCCAUAAACCAAGCAGCAGCUGGGCCCAGUCAGGAUCGAGGUCUCUUGAGUGGCAUACUGACUGUGGCUUCACCUAAUGGUUCUAUCCCACUCAGAGGACCCCACCACACUGCAGGGUUUAUAAUCAUUCCCUUCAGCUCCAUAGAGCAUUCAGUGAGGGUCCUCAGUGUCCAAGGGUGGACUGAUUUGAGGGGCUCCCUCUUGCUAAAUGGCUCAGACUACAACACAACUCAAGCAAUUCAAAGCCAAGAUAAUGUGUGGCACCAACCCCCAGCCUUCUGCUCUAGGGGGAUAGAGCUAUGGCUGCUCUGGGCCCCCUACCUGAUAGCACUGGAAAACAUCUGGUUUGUCUGAUAAUGCCUGAAAGAGAGCCUGUGCCAAGUCCCGCCAUUAGCACUGCUGGUGCUGUUUGUUGGGGAGGGCAAAGGGGUGUAGUGUCCCAGAUGCGGGUCAAAGGGUCCCAAAGAUCUUUCCCAAGAAAUCUGUCCUUCCUGGUGCACAGCUUCCCCAAGAAGAGAGCUGGGACCAGACCAGGGAGGCCUCUCAUUUCUCUGGGGGGUGAGUGGAAAUCAGGCCCUUACUGUUCACCUGAACCCCAAAACUUUGGAGCCCUACACUUUGACUUCUGACUUAGUUUACAUACAGGAUUGCAUUUCAGGGACCAGUUCCCAAAAAGGCCAAGGUGAGGUCUGUUCCCUUGAAAGUGACACACACAUCACCACCACCACCCUGCCUUGCUGCCUUUCUUAUCAGGGAAGACAGCCAAUCAGACGAGGGCAGACAGGAGCCCUCCAAGGAGCCCUCCAAGGCUCAUAGCCCAUGAGGCAGAAGAGGGAGAAGAGGCCUGAGGCCCAGGGUGGACACCAGCCAGCCAUGGCCGAAGCUGAGACUGCCUUACCCUCCAUCAGUACACUGACCACCCUGGGCCAGUUCCUGGACCCCCAAGAGGACUUCCUCAAGUGGUGGCACCCUGACGAGACACAGGAUUUGGGCCCGGGUCCCCCGGAUCUCAUGGGGCCAUCCCUUCACGUGAGUGUGAAAUCGCAGGCCCCUCUCGGACAGGACGAGGACGAUAAGCGGGAUGUGACCUGUGCCUGGGAUCCGGAUCUUUUCCUUACCAACUUCCCAGGUCCUGAGCUGCCAGCCACUCCCCGGACCUGUGCUCUGGCGCCCAGCGGGGGCCUGGUGGCACAGUAUGCGCCGCCCGAGGUCCUGGGCGUCUAUGCAGGUGGCUCUGGGUUGGUGGCCGGGUCUUUAGGCUCCGAAGAGCACUCGGGCUGGGCGCACUCCGCCCCGCGAACCCCAGCCCCUGAGCCCUUCGUGGCCCCUGACCUGGCCCCGGGAUCCGCGCUCAAGGUGCAGCCAGCGUUCUCUGAUUCGCGAGCGGGCUCCGCCGGCGGUUUCUUCCCGCGGGCUGGGCUCGCGGUGCCCGCGGCCUCCAGCGCCCCCUAUGGGCUGCUGUCAGGGUACCCCACCCUGUACCCCGCGCCGCAGUACCAAGGGCAUUUUCAGCUCUUUCGCGGGCUCACGGCGCCGUCUGCCGGCCCCGCCGCGCCCCCUUCCUUCCUGAAUUGUCUGGGACCCGGUGCGGUGGGCACAGAACUGGGGGCCACAGCGCUCGCGGGAGACGCAGGCUUGUCCCCGGGAGCCGCACCGCCCAAGCGCAGCCGGAGAGUUUUGGCACGAAAGAGGCAAGCGGCACACACCUGCAGGCACCCGGGCUGCGGAAAGAGCUACACCAAGAGCUCGCAUCUGAAGGCGCACCUGCGCACACACACAGGAGAGAAACCUUAUGCCUGCUCCUGGGAUGGCUGCGGCUGGAGGUUUGCUCGCUCUGACGAGCUGACGCGCCACUACCGGAAACACACCGGCCAGCGACCCUUCUGCUGCGGACUCUGCCCACGUGCUUUUUCGCGCUCUGACCACCUUGCUUUGCACAUGAAGCGCCACCUCUGAGCUCCGAUCCUGCACAGGGACUGGGAAUGAAGUAAGAGUGGAUCCAAGGAUUGUCUUCCGAAGGAUGGGCCAUUCUUGGACAUACAGUGGGAGUGGUAGCCAGGCCAGAUCAAGAACUGACCCAAAGGAGCCCUCAACAGGAUCCUCCCACUUCUUCAGGGAGCCACACAAAAACAUCGCCCCACAGAUCCAGCAAGACAGACUACCAAAUAAAUCAACUCAGAUGGACCCUUAGACCUGUGCGGGAGUGACCCUGAGUCUUGGCGGUGGAGUGGGGUGAGACUUCCCAGGGUCUAGAAGGGGCCUGCACACUAUCAGCUGGGAUUGUCAUGGGUACUAUAAAAUUCUCCCAUAUAAAACCAGUGUCGGCCUCACUGUAAUAUGGGGCUGGGAAUUAGGAGGAGCAUUGAUCCCCCAGUAGGUGAUACACUUAUCUGUUCACACACUCACCUCCUAAGUCUCCUAAAACUCAUUCAUUUCUGAUGACCCCCCCCCACAGUGCUAACUUUGUAGACCUUCUCUUCCAUCAAGAUCAGUCUACACAAUCCUGUCACCUGUU